CCGAUUUGAAUCAGAAUCAACAGGGACCGAUUCCAUCACCGAUUCUUGUUAUUUUUAAACGCUGAUUUCAUCGUUUUGCUUUGCAAGCUUCAACUAGCUUCAGAGAACCACCCCAACAGCGACGAAGUUAUUCAACUUCGACCUAACUAAUCAGAAGAACUAGUUAGAACAACAACGUUUUAUAGAACAAUAAGAAGAUGUUGGCUCGAAAGCUUUCACCUUCGGUGCUAAGAUGUUUCGUUCCAGUAUCUUCUCUUCCAUCUUUACCCAUUAAAAACCCAUCAUCGUCUCAGCUUUCUGGUUUCAUUCUUUCUGAUUCAAAUCCUUCUCCAAACUCUGCUAAUUCUCGAAUCAAUUUCUUCUUCGUCCACCCGCUUCAUAGAUCUUUCUCCUCUGAAACCAAAUCUAUUUCUCCCAAGUCCCUCAGUAGGGAUGGCAACUACGACGAAUCCGCAGCUUGUAAUCUGCUUAUCUGCCCUGGUUGUGGCGUAUACAUGCAGGAUACCGACCCUAAAAUCCCGGGCUACUUCAUUGAACCAUCUGCGAAAGACCCAGAUUACCGUUGUCCCAUUGAUCGAAGACCCGUUGCAGAAGAAACCGAGAUCUCCAACUCCCUCAAGAAAGGAAUACUCAAAGAGCUCGUCGAAGCCGAGAAUCCUAACCCUAACCCUAGCCUUAAAGAGAAACCUGUAGUUUGUGCUCGAUGUCAUGGGUUGCGCCAUUAUGGGAAGGUCAAAGAUGCUACAAUCGAGAAUCUGCUUCCGGAUUUUGAUUUUGAUCACACUAUUGGAAGAAAACUCGCCACCACGACUGGUACCCGUUCCGUUGUUUUGAUGGUGGUUGAUGCUGCGGAUUUUGAUGGGUCAUUCCCUCGAAAGGUUGCUAAGCUGGUUUCGGCUACUAUUGAUGAGAAUUAUGCAGCUUGGAAACAGGGGAAGUCAGGGAAUGUUCCUCGGGUUGUACUUGUAGUGACGAAGAUUGAUUUGCUUCCGCCGUCGUUAUCCCCGACUCGAUUAGAGCAUUGGGUUCGGCAACGAGCGAGGGAGGGUGGAGCCAAUAAGCUUACCAGUGUUCAUCUUGUGAGCGCAGUGAGAGAUUGGGGUCUGAAGAAUCUUAUUGAUGACGUCUGUGAAUUGGUUGGUGCCAGAGGGAAUGUUUGGGCUAUUGGGGCACAGAAUGCGGGGAAGUCGACAUUGAUCAAUGCGAUUGGGAAGCUUGUUGGAGGGAAGGUUACAAACUUAACUGAAGCUCCAGUUCCAGGAACAACAUUGGGGAUAAUUCGGGUGGAGGGCGUUCUUCCUGGGCUGGCGAAAUUGUUUGACACACCCGGCCUUCUACAUCCACACCAGAUUUCGACGAGGUUGACAAGGGAAGAGCAGAAACUGGUGCAUAUAAGCAAGGAAUUGAAACCCAGGACUUACAGGGUCAAGGUUGGUCAUUCAGUUCAUAUUGCUGGACUCAUGAGGCUAGAUAUUGAAGAAGCAUCAGUAGAUUCUAUAUAUCUCACAGUCUGGGCAUCUCCUCAUCUUCCAUUACACAUGGGGAAAACAGAGAAUUCGAGCACAAUGCUUGAAGAUCAUUUUGGUCGCCAGUUACAGCCACCAAUUGGUGAGAAAAGAGUCGAGGAGCUUGGGGAAUGGAUGAGAAGGGAAUUUCGUGUUUGUGGAAACAGUUGGGAUGUAAACUCUGUUGAUGUUGCUGCUGCUGGUCUUGGUUGGUUUUCUGUAGGACUUAAAGGAGAGGCAAGUUUAGGUGUUUGGACUUAUGAUGGAGUGGAUAUUACAUUACGCAAUUCACUGAUCCCUCAUAGAGCACAGUUUUUCGAAGUUGCAGGCUUUACUGUCUCAAAAGUUGUCUCUAAAGCUGAUCAAACUUUGAAUAAGCUGCAUCGGAGUAAAAAACAGAAGCAGCAAAGUGACCAGAAACAAGCUUUUUCUGAUCAAUUGCCAGUUAUGGCUAAUGAAGACGCAAGCUCUUGCUAACUUGUGCUAGACUGGAAAAUGAAGACCCCCUAAAUUUGCAUGAGAUUGCGAACCUGACUCAGAAAGCAAGCAUGUACAUAAGCAAGUUACAAACACAAGAAAUGCUCUUGAAUUCACUUUGAAGGAGAAAAGGCAAGCCAGUGUCUUUAUGGUGGACAAGUUUAACAUAUCCGGGAUUUACUCUAAUCAUCGUAAUCAUCUUGUCCUGCUGAUGUAGCCUAUUUGACUGUACCUGCCGAAGUACAAAGUAACUGCCAAGAAAUUGAGCUGAUGCAUGGGAUCAAGCUGAAUGUCAAGAUCUCAAACUUUCAGAGAUCUGAUUCAUUCUUGGGAGAACUUUCAGUUGCAUUUAUUAAAAGAUGCUACACUUGGAGAUGUAUGCUUCUCUUGUUGCUGUUUGUACCAAAGCGUAGAGAAACAUGUUUGCCUGUAUGCCAUUGCUUUUUUGUUAUUCAUUUUGCGGGAGAUGGGGUAGGUUCGGGUCUAACAAGUAUCCCGAGGCUGGUUUUUAUUACCUUGAGCAUAAUGCUUUUUUUUAUUUUUCAUGAAUUUAUGUAUAACUAUGUUAGUUGCAAUUUGGAGCAAAGAAAAUUACAAGCACGAUUUUUUCA